AUGAAAGACGCAUCGCUUCCUCUCAUCUCAUUAAGCGAGGAGAUUGAGUUGAAAUCACUUGACUGGCUUUUCAUUAUUUUAUACCUUCCAGAUGCUAUACUAUUUUUCCACACUAUACCUUCCUCCCUCCUUCAUUCAUCACAAUCACCUUUUUAUCUUUCUUGUUUAUCCUUUUUCCUAUGUGGUGUACAUAUAACUUCAACCACUACAACACCUUCUUCAAACUUCCCCUUCAUUCUCCAGUUUUCAUUUGAAUCUCAAUAUACUUCUCUAUCUUUCGUUUGUUUUGCCACAAAAUUACAACAAGAACCCCUCUAUUACUUCAAAUAUCUGAGUAAGUGA